AAAUUUGUCAUUGUGCACCGACGGCUAUGACAUUAGCAUCAGAACCUAUGGAUACACAGGUGCAACAUCUUGAAAACAAAUCGAUAUCGGUAUGGCUUCCGAAAUUCUAUACAUCUCAGUAAGACUGGGAUCGCAACAUGGUUUGUAUGAUCGCAGUAGAUGUAUUAAUUUGAAAUACAACGCAUUACUACUAAUGGGCUUUUGGACAAUAUCUAUUUACCAAUAGUCUAUUCCGGUGGAUAAUUUUACGAACAAGGGAAAUAUUCAACAUUGUUAUUUUAAUAUGGUCUGGAUUCCUGCAAAUGCUUGCAUUUUUUAACAAGAUUUUAAAUAGCCGGUACAAUAAUCCUAAUGUCGUUUAAUCAACGCACUGUAACACCGAAGAACGAUAUCAUGUAAUAACAUAAAGUUUCGAUACGAUAUUGAGUUGAUAAAUUCGCCCAAAGCCAGCCGUCUGCAGUUCACGUGGAGUUGUAAGUUAGAUUGCUAAUAAUAACGAUUAGUGUUCGUUGCAUAGGUGGGCUUAUGUAUACAUAUACUGUUUAAAUUGGUUUUAAGGAAACAUUGAGCCAUUGAGGAGUAGAUGUCACACAGCAGAUAACGCUUAAUAAUAAUAGCUUAAUGUGGGAAAGUUGCCAUCUUGCAUCGCUAACGUACCUUGAAAUAACAACAUAUAUUUUUCAGAGAAUUAUAUAUGAUUUUCCAAUUCUAAAGGCGAUAGUAAAUUUGCAUACAGUUUAAGUAAAUUGGCGUGAUAUCGGCUUGUUGUACGCCUAUCAUACGGAAUUAAAUAGAAAAUUAUUGCGAAAAUGGAAUUAAACUUCGUUUUGAUGAUGGUCUAUUUGUACCUGCUUGUAGUGUCAUUAGCAAUCCAUUCGGUCCAGGGUAAAUCGUACGUGCAUGCGGAUGUUUUUGCAAUACUGCCUGUAGAAGGAGAUGAAUCGUUGUAUAUUGAUAACGCAAAACCGGCGGCCGACAUUGCCAUAAAGGAGGUAAAUAUGUUACUAUCCCCCUACGGAAUAAAUUUAUCAAUGGAAUAUAUGAACACAAGCUGUGGAUUUACGGAAUCUACUGUUAUCUUCACGGAAAUAGAACGCAGACAGCGAUGGGAUCAACACACUCCCAUCCCCUAUGCGAUAAUAUCGCCUGUAUGUGUGGAUGGAAAUGAGCACUCGGCAGCUUUGUCCGAGGAGUGGAAUGUGCCCAUAAUCAUGGACACGGAUGCCGUCCGAACAAAAACUAUGACAAAAGCAAUGAGUUGGUUCCCUAACCUGUAUCUGGGCGUUCGUUCAGUUCUGCAGUAUCUAAACUACGGUCGCAUAUUUUUCAUUAUCCCGUACAGUACUUUUGCACAAGGAACUAAAUUAAUGCAUGAUGUGUGUUUAGGACAUAAUGAUAACAUGGAAUGUUUCUUCUGUAAUCUAGAAGAGAAAAUUGAAAACAAUAAACCCAAACCGGAACAUAUAGACAAGUGUCUAAAGGAUAUACAAAACAAGGCUCGAAGUAAGUAGUCAGUUUUUUAAUUGUUCGUAUUUUUUAUGCAGUAUUAUUUUUCAGAUCAAGAAAGUUCACGUCGUAUAAUUUUACAAAAGUUAGUUGAAUAUGAUUCUAGUUUUAUUUUGAUGAUGUAUUAAGGGGACACCCCUAUUAAUAUUCUUUUACCACUACGGCCAACAUGGAUUUAGGGGACACUCCUGUUAACUAUCCCUACACAUUACUUUAUUAUUAUUUGCUUAUUAUUAUUUGAUAAUUAUUAUAUUAAUUUUAUUAUUAUCAUUAGUAAUAAAAGUAUUACCAUUAUCAUUAUUAUUAAUCUUUU